GGGUUGUUGAGUGAGUGAGUGAGCGUUUUUUGUGUCAAAUACUUUUAGCUUGGUGCCCAGACAAUGUAAUUUGACUGUUGCAUGUGUUGCACGUGUCGGUACUGAGACAAUGUCGGCAGAAACCCCGUGUGGUUUAUCCGGUGCACUGUUGUGGCUGUGGCAAAUGUGGCUUUUUAGGCCUUAUAUGCAGUGGGUUUAUCUACUGUAGCUUGGGCACAACAUUGGAGAUCGAAUCCCAACCCUUUCCUUACACUGCAUUUUUACGUCCCCAAUCGCAGUCAAGUACCUAAUGUUUCCGAAAGGCACAAGAUCGGAUCAAAUUUUCAACGACCACUGUCACCUUUUUGAGGAUGAAAACUGAUUUCCAAUCACUUUAGAACUUAAACUUGCUAGAGUUACAGACACGUGAUCUUAAGUUCAUAACGCCUACUGUCUCUAAAGAAAGACGUGCAGCGAAUGUAGCUAGCCGCACACGUUGAGCUGAAGCAUUCAAUGUGACCUCAGUGGUGCACAGUGACACAUACGAGGGACAGACGGAGGUAGUCCAAUAUCCUUCUUGACAUUUAUGAUUCAUCAAAUUAAAGUGUCGGACGUGCAUUAAAUGAAUAAAACGUCAGGAUUUGCUGCAUGACUAUCAAACGUCAAGUGGAUAUCCGGAACUUCUUACCGACCAUUGGAUGGCGGCAGGUCGGACCACCAAGGUCAAUACUCCAAUAAAAGGCGCUGGACUCUCCUGAAGACGGCAGUUUUCGCCGCCUGUUAGAGCGACGCCUUUCUUCCUCGGAGCGACAUCUAGAAAGAUGAAGUGGCUUGUUCUGCUUGUCUUCCUGUCCUGGCCGGCCGGACUGUGCUCCGCCACCAGCGUCUGUUGGCUGUUCGGAGCGCCUGAGUCAGCCUGUGUGGACAUAGAGCCUGACGCCUGGAGCGGCCCUCAGGACACCCCGAGCCCCUACAGCAUACAGCUCACCUACGACAAGGACAGUCACAACUUCAAUGUCCGCGUGGCAGGAGACGAGUUCCGGUCGGUCCUGCUGCAGGCCCGGCGACCCGGCAGUACCGAGCCGGUCGGCACCUUCCUCCCGCCGUCACAGGUACGUCCUGCCUGCUCAUACAACACCGGUCAUGCUCUGGUCAAGUCCCUCAUCCGGUCGGAGAGAAACGGGCAUCCAAGGGCCUAUCUAGGCCGAGCUGACAAAUUAUCAGCAUUCAAAGUGUUCUAA